CCCCCGGAAACGACAUCAGCCUCCGCUAGCAACAGUGUCAAAGCGUUUACACCGUUUCAGACCGAAAAUCAAAACAACGCAGGACAGUCUUAUUUCACGGACAACGAACGCAGUAAUCGCCGUACUCUAAACUUGUACUGCAACGUUCACGGUUUUCCGCGGGACCUACAGGCGGCCCAAACGCAGAGGAGCGCGAAGGAUGGCGAAUUACCGGGCGUUUCACACCCAGCUCGCGACCAUCAUGGAGACGCUGACUCGCGCGGCGGUGGCAGAGAUCUGCGAGCUCGUAGACGACGGCUACGCAGUUUUACACAUCGAGAUCUCGCGCCACCAGAAAGAGAACGAGGAGCUCCGACGGAAACUGCAGCUCAUAGAGUCCAUCGUUGCGGCGCGGGGGUACAGCGACGAGAAAACCGUGGCGCGAGAUGGUCGGUGUGAUGGUAACGCGAGUACUCGCGAGUCGCUAGUGGGCAGAAAAACGCUCGGAGGCGGAGAGUCCACCAGCCGGGGUACAAUGGCAGAGAUGCGCGAUUUUCGAGAGGAGGGAGAUUUGAUCCAAAUGCAGAUCAAAGAGGAAGGUCUCGAGCAGCCGCCGCUGGGAGAUGAUGAUGACGAUGAGGACGAAGGUGAAAGUGUUUCUGCAGUAACUCACGACUCUCCGAAACCAGAUGUUGCUGAACUCUCGGGUCAGGAAUCUCACACACUCUCACACUCCCCUGAUCAUGACACACACUCUCACACACUCACGUUCGCAGACACACACUCCGGCGCUGAUGAGUCCCAGCAUUCCAGCAUCGACUUGACUGCUUCAGAUAAUGCUUCCUUCUCCCUUGCACAAACCUCGUCAGAUACCUGUGUUUCCCAAGUCCCUCGAGUGUUUCAGGAAGACUUGUGCAUGAAGGCUGAUAUGGAUCCGGUAUCCGAUUGGGCCACGCACUCUGUCCGUAACACGCUCACACACUUGCAGAGCUCUCCACAGAGGGUUGGUGGGUCAGACUCUCUCGUAUCCCAUAAUUCUCCCUUGUUCGCCGCACAGCGCCUCGUUGCUCUGGGUAGCGUCUCAGGGCUGGGUCUCUAUGGCCGGUUGGGUGCUUUACGGACAGGUGGAGCCGGCAAGCGACACUUCAUCUGCGCGAUCUGCGGGAAGAGUUUCACCACGUCGCAGAGUUUGGACACACACAUGCGCAUUCACACUGGAGAACGGCCGUAUCGCUGUGAGCAAUGCGGGAAGCGUUUCACACAGUCCGGACACCUCACGGCUCACCAGACUGUCCACACGGGAGAAAGACCGUACGAAUGCACCCGCUGUGGGAAACGAUUCGCAGGGAAACAGUACCUCCGCAUACACACCAAGAAACACCACCCUGACUUGCAUGCACUUUCCCAUAUACAGACUCACACACAGCAGGACACACUACCCUGAAAGAUACACAGGCUCACAACAGAGAAUGCAGGACACCAUUUUUGAUGUUUGUUUACUAGUUUUAAUAUAUUUGAUAUAUUCUGUUGUUGUUUGCAAGUGUGUUGCAACCACCAAGAAGUGUUUCAAAUAAGACGUUCAGUCAGUUUCAAGUGUGUUUUUGCUGUGUUCAGGCACUUAUUUUAACAGGUUAUUUUGCAAAAACUAAAGCAGUGAAAUGCAUUAUGUAUACAUACUGCAGGGAGACCAUAUGAAAGCCGACAUUAGAAACCUGGUGUGAGCACAAUCAGACUCUGAUACCUUCAACAUGAAAUACUCAGUUUCACCUGAAUAGCAAAUGUACAUAAAAUGUACAGGAUAAUGUGUUGUUUGAAGAGUUCGUUAUGAUCUAAAUUAGAUAUAAUUAUAGAUUAUACAUUUAUAUUUGCAGCUAGUCACAGCAGAAACACUAACUGGAUUUGUCUGUGUUGUAUUUAAUAGAAAUAAAUGGUUAAUUGAUGAAUUUUGUCUUUUAAGUCUUUUAUUUGUGACUUGUCACUUUUAUUUUUCAGGGUGAAGAUGUUUUGAAAAGAAACAAAUUAUUCUGUAAUAUGAAACUGACACUAUUGUGAUGCUACUGCGAGAGAGAAUCCUAGAUUCAACUUCAGUAAUGAACAAAGAAUUAUUUCAAAAAAUGACUUGAAAUAAUUUUAUAUAAACAAAAGAGAAAAAUAGAUUCACUUGAUUUCAAUCAAUGCAACCUGGAUUUAUACAAAGGCGACGCUCCAUGUAGAAAAUGUUUUCUGACUGGAAUCUUCAUCACGUGAGUGUACAGCAUGGGUCUAAAAACCCCAUGUACAGCAUAGUCCACACUCACAUGAGCAGCGUUUUUUCAGUCCUUGAAUCUUUUUUGACAUUUGAAUCUUUCUAUCACUGAAUCCUCAAAGCGGUGAGGCACUUACUAAACAGCAAACUAUUACUUUCACAUACAACCAAACCAAGGUUAGUACCUUUAUUUUAAUGUAUUACAGUC